GAUCAGCUAUUAGUUUUUUUAGCUCAUUACUAAAAGAAAAAGGAAAGAAAAAUGGCUAGAUUUUCUUCUUCAGCUGUAUCAUUCGCAGCGCUUGCCGUCGCUAGCUUGCUAGUCAUUUGGGCUCCAGCGACAUGUUCCGGCGACGACGGGAUCAACUUCCUGGGCUUACCAUGGGGACUACCGUGCCUGCAAGCCGUAAUCGGAACCGACGGCUGCGUUCAAGAGGUGGUGUCAUCAUUUAUAACUCUUCAGCCCAGAAUUCUUGGGCCGCAAUGUUGCCGAGCAUCCAUCACCGUCGACGAUGGCUGCUGGCCAAAGAUCUUUCCACUCAACCCAUUUUUCCCGCCGCUGCUCAAGAGCUUUUGUGUUUCUCAGCUUCAUCUGCCAGCAUCCCCAUCCCCGUAGGAAGGUGACAAAUGCUAAAUGCUGUCUUAGAAAAACAGUCCAAAUCGUAGAUUUAAAAAUUAUACUAAAAAUAAGAGUAUAAUUUUUAUUUUACAAUUUGGACUAUUGUUCUGGAGACAGAUGGAGUAUUUGCAUGAAAGCAAAUACUUUUCUUAGUUUUUGCAUGGCUCUUUGGUCAUUUUAAUUAGUAGUUGUUUAAUUAAUUAUUAGUAAUACGGCUAUUAGAUGAUAUCUUCUAGCUGUAAUGUUUUUAGUGUUAGGGUAUCAAGUAUUUUGGAUGUUGCUGUCUGAUUCUGUUUCUUUUUUAUUUUAUUUUUAUUUUUAUGUUUACUGAG